GAUCAGAAACAGAUAUGAUCCUUCGAUUCUUCCUCUGUCGGUGCCAUUCUACCCUCUCUCUCUCGUUUUCCUGCAUCCUUCUCCAUUUAUUCGAUCUUUUCUUUUCGAAUCUUGUUGAAAGCUAGGGUUUCGAAUUCAAAAUCAAUCUCGUUGAUUGUAGUUGGUCAUGGAUGCACAGAGAGCUUUGUUAGAUGAGCUUAUGGGAGCAGGGCGUAAUCUUACUGAUGAGCAGAAAAAGAAUUAUAGAGAAAUAUGCUGGGACGAUAAAGAGGUCUGUGGUUCUUACAUGGUUCGGUUUUGCCCUCAUGAUUUGUUCGUCAACACUCGAAGUGAUCUUGGACCGUGCUCUAGAAUUCACGAUCAGAAGCUGAAAGAGAGUUUUGAGAAGUCCCCCAGACACGACUCAUAUGUGCCCAAGUUUGAAGCUGAACUUGCUCAGUUUUGUGAGAAACUGGUCCUUGAUUUGGAUAGAAAGGUUAGGCGUGGUCGGGAUCGCCUGGCCCAGGAAGUCGAAGUUACUCCCUCUCCAAUCCCGAGUGAGAAGUCUGAGCAGCUAUCUGUUCUGGAAGAGAAGAUAAAGAAUCUGUUGGAGCAAAUAGAGACCCUUGGUGAAGCAGGCAAGGUGGAUGAAGCUGAGGCACUCAUGAGGAAGGUUGAGAUUCUGAAUGUUGAGAAGACAAUCUUGACUCAACAACCACAGAAUGAGAAACUCCUAACGCAUACACAGGAGAAAAAGAUGGCAUUGUGUGAGAUAUGUGGUUCUUUCCUUAUAGCAAAUGAUGCUGCAGAGAGAACACAAUCUCAUGUGACAGGAAAGCAGCAUAUUGGUUAUGGCAUGGUCCGGGAUUUCAUUAAUGAAUUUAAGAUAGCUAAGGAGAAAGCAAGGGAAGAGGAAAGACUAGCAAGGGAGAAAGAAGCAGAAGAACAGAAAAAGCAGAAGGAAAGGGAAACUGAGAGUAAAGUUAGAGGAAGUAGUUCAGGAGAGAAAGAUAGGUACCAUGGUCGGGACCGAGACAGGGAACGAGAUCGGUACCGAGAACGGGAAAGAUCUCGAGAUUGGAGUGGCAGGGGAAGCCGAGAUGGGCGGAGGGGGGAUUCUAAGCACAACAAUUACCGGGAUGGAAGAGACGGGGGGAGAGUCAGAUACCGUGACAGAAAUGGAAGUGUGGAUAUGCCAAGAGAAAGGGGUCGGCGUAGGAGCAGAUCACCUUCCCCGCUUGCACAUGGUCACAGGAGAUCUUCACGAAGUCCAGUCCGCCAAUUGUAGUGGCUAGUGUAGAUAGAUGAUCUUUUGGUACCAACUACCAAAUGAGGUAGACCUUUUCUAUCACCUUAUAAUGUGCUUUGUAGUCAACUGAAAACAUCAUCGUGUGUGAAACUCUUUUUUGCUAUCUCACAGCUCUAUUGUUCAUUACGAUCUCCCUAUCAAUCGAUAUUUAAGAGGGCAAAAUGGUUGAGGCAGGUAUAUUUUAUUGUUGUAAUGUUUCCUAAUAUUCAGCUUUAGGUUUUUGUUGAAUUAAAUCUUUUUUAUGCAUUAUCUCUGAACAUUGUUUUCAGAGAAUCUUUUGUUGGGUCCUUUUGGGUUAUCAUAUUCUCAGAUUAAUUAAGAUGACAAGAUCCCAAAAAAUAUUUGUCUGAAUGUUGCUGCUGCUGAGGGAGAUAUUGGGUGGUUUCACAAAAUUUUCAAGGUAAUAUAUAAUCCUCAACUUGUCAUGGCUGGAGUUUUAGGGAAUUCCAGGUUAUGAAUGUGCGGUCUCCGGUAUUUUUUUUUUUCCUUCCAAUUUUUUCUUUGCAGGUUGCAUGCAAUACUCUGCAUGUACCCUUGAUUCACAUAGGUAUGGUAAUAUUUCAUUUCUACUAGGUCCUAAAGGAGUGUGUACUGAUGCCAUGUUGGUUUACAUGUAACCACUAUAUAGCAGGGGAGCAGCUGUGGGUGAUUGACUUACCAUGACCAGUCGAUGGUUGCACCUAGGUGUAAUGCCCAUUACACAGUGCUAAUUCAAAUUGUUGCUUUUACUCGGUAGAUCUAUUUGCCUCUUCAUAUUAUUGUCCUAAUGACAUGAUCUGUUGGGCAGUUUUAUGGAGUCUGUUAUCCAAUAAACCCCUAUUAGAAAAGAUAUGGAUCUCAAUUGCUAGAAUACACCUAUUUAUGCGAUGGCUAUAGGAAUGGAUUUAAUGAUGAUAGAAACAGAUUCAGGCUAACCAACCAGAAUAGAAGAUUAACAGAGAAACAGAUCUGGUUUAUGUAACAGAAUAUAGGAUUGAUACUAUUCUCAGAUCUGAAAUCAGAGGGAUUAAUACCAGAAGCAGAAUAAUAAAGAAACGGGUCCAGAAACACAUCAGAUGUUUGAUGUCUUGUUAACAGAAUAUAAAGGGCAAGGGAUGGGCAUGCCUUGCUUACUUGGAUGCGGGCAGCUGGACCGAUGGGGGUGCAGGCAUGAGAGGGGCAGAGGGUCUUUUCCAGGUGAGGUGGGGGGAAGAGAGAGCACAGGCUAGGCAGCCCGGCGGCAUGCACAACCUUUUCCCAUAAAAUAAUGACUGACUUGUUAUAGAGAAGAAUAGACAGAAGAAUACCCUUGCUUCUGUACCUGCGGCAGUCCAACAGAGAAGGAUUGAUAAAAGAAGCAACUGAGUUGCAACAAAGGUGGAAAACUCAGAUCAAUGGAUUGAUAAAAAAGCAACUGAGUUGCAACAAAGGUGGGAAAACUCAGAUCAAUGGAAGAGAAGAAAAGGGGGCUCGAUCUGCUAGGGAAGAAGAAGAAGAGAGUGAAAGAAAGAGGAGAUCAAGAGGGGGUGGGGAGUUCUCACAGCACACACUUCUUUUCAAAACCAAUAUUCUAUUCUACUAAUUUAAUUGACAGAGGGUAGAUGCCUUUAAAUAAAACCAGAAAGAAAUGUAGUUGACUUUGAACUCCUAAACAAAGUCUCUUAUGAAUAAUUAACAACCUAACAACGAUCAACUACUAACACUAAAAUAAUGGUUGAGCCCCAAAACUCUGGACAGCUAUUAAUUAUUAUUAUUAUUAUUUUUUUUUUUGAAAGAAAAAUUACAAGAAUACAACUGAGAAAUAAAAUAACCCCCAACUAAAUAAACAGCUAGAUAACUACCAACGCCGGGCCCUGUUUGGACCCAAACCUGAUUCCAAAGACUAGGAUAUUGAGCUGGACUUCUUGGGUUUUGGUUUCCAAAGCCUAACAUGCCUCUCCAGCCACUCUAAUGCCACUGCAUCACUCACUUUGGUCAAUGAUCAUUGAGGAUUUCCAUUAAGUUGGUAGAUCUCAUUGUCAUUUUGGCUUGUGCUAGAAACUGUCUUACUAAAAGCCAUCCACAAGGUUUGCAGCAUAGAUUUUAAGUGGUGCAUGGACUGUUCCUUCCCUCUUUCAAGUACUCUAAAAGAAUUAGAAUGGCAUUAAUUUAUCUGCUGGAUGGCUAGGAUGGAAGACGGAUGAAGCCUCCUCAUCACACGAGCGUAAUUACUAUGUGGGCCAUGUCACUGCCUUGUUCUAUCUGCUUUUUCUGUUGCCAUUUCCCAUCUCUUUGCAGGGGAGUGGAUAUUAAGAUGUCAACAGUGCCAUUAAACAUAGGGGCUGCGAUCAUUGUACCCUGGAGGUUAUGGAAACGUACUUAGCAUAAAUGGAAAUUUUUCUGUGACUAACUGCACAAAUCCAGGUAGUGAGGAAAACUGUUAAGAGAACGUCAUGUCUGGUUGAUCAGGGGACUAAGUUGGUACCUUUAUUUUGAUUAUGUGUGAAAUUCUUGUUAAGUUUAUGAUGAAAAGCUUGAGUGAAUCUAGUAUAGCUGACAUUUAAUUUUCAAUGCAUAUGGAAAAUGUUGAUGCCCAGUGGUUUACAUUCUCUCUGUUAGUGGAACACCGAGUUCGAGUCAAAAGUCAAGUUUCAGGCUUUCAGGUGCUGUUUGUAAUUGAAAUUGCUAAAUUAUAGACUGGUUUAGCUUCUCCUCCAGCAGGUGAAAGCAAUUUGAUGUGAAAAAUAUCAUGUUAUGUCUUAGAGUUUUGUCUGUUAAUUUAUUGGAAAAUUUGGUCA